CCCCGGGGGUGCCCGGCCCCGCCGCCGCCCGGGCCUGCUGGGACACCCCACCGGGGCCCCCGGGGGCAUCACCCGCCGCCACCCCCCCCCAGCCGGUGCCUCCAUUUAGGCCGUGCCCGGGGUCCCCGCGCCGGGGGGUGUCGGUGCCCCCCCCCGGGCCAGUGUGGGGUGUCCCGGCCCCCCCCAGUCCGAGGUGUCCCGGCCCCCCGGUGUGGGGUGUCCCCUCCCGGUGUGGGGUGUCCCAGCCCCCCCGGUGCGCGGUGUCCCCCCCCCCGGUGCGGGGUCCCCCCCGGUGCCGCCCCGUCUCCCCGCAGCUCUGCCCCCCGCGCAGGUGAGGCGUCGCCAUGAAGGAGGACCGCGAGCGCCUCGUCCCCCCGGGUUACGGCGUCGCCAAGCCGGACAUCUUGGCCGAGGUGGAGCGAGGGGAAGAGCCGCGCUGCCGCCCGCCGCGGAGCCCCCAGGAGCCAGCGGCGCCCGCCGGCACCUCCCGAGGUGAGCGCGGCGGCCCCCCGGGGCUGCGGGCCGGAGCUUGGCCCCGCGGGGUCUCUCGUGCAGCGGUUCCCCCCGGACGUGUCCUUCCCGCAGGCGACUGGCCGGCGAGGAAGAUGAAGAGCGAGGAGGAGGCGGUGGAGCCCGGCGGGUGCCCGGCCCCCGGCACACCGCACCGCACCGUCCGGAGCGACUUCCCCGGGAAGCAGAGCUGCAGCUACCGGAGCGUCGCCGAGCCGGAUCCGCCGGGCGACGGCGACGGGGGGUUCGGCCAGAAGCCGGACCUGGUGCGGCACCGGCUGGCCCGCGCCGCGGAGCGCUCCUCCGUCUGCGGCAACUGCGGCUUCGCGGAGCACGGCGGCCUCGCGGCGCGCCGGCCCGCCGGCAGCCCGUACCGCCUCGGCGCCUGCGCCAGCAGCUCCCUCGGCGCGCCGGCGGAGGCCGGGGCGCCGCGCAAGGAGCGCAAGGAGCUGUCGCUCACGGAGAAGGUGCGCGUGCUGGAGAUGCUGGAUGGCCCCAAGGUGUCCCAGAGCGAGCUGGCCAAGCGGUUCGGGGUGUCGCAGCCCCAGAUCUGCCGCAUCAUCAAGAACAAGGAGCGCAUCCUGAGCGAGUGGCACCAGAACAGCAACCCCGAGCGCAAGCGCAAGCGGGAGGGCAAGGACGUGGCCGUCGAGGCCGCCCUGCUGCGGUGGGUGGAGAGCGCCCGCGCGGCCGACCUCCCCGUCAACGGGCCGCUCCUGCAAGUCAAGGCCAAAAACCUCGCCGAGGCGCUGGGCAAGCCCGAUUUCGACGCCAGCAGCAGCUGGCUGGCCCGCUUCAAGGUGCGCCACAACAUCACCUUCAAGAAGCCGCCCCGCGACAAGAAGGACGCGGAGCAGCCCACGGCGGAGCACUGGGCCGGCGCGGUGCUGCCCGACUUGCUCCGCAGCUACGCGCCCUCUGAGAUCUACAGCUGCGGGGAGACGGGCGUCCUCUUCCGGGCCGCGCCGCCCGGAGCGCUCCCCGCCGAGCCGGCAGCCCGCGGCGAGCGAGCCGGCCCCGGCGACCGGCUCACGCUGCUGCUCUGCACCAACGCGGACGGCUCCGAGAAGGCGGCGCUGCUGGCGGUGGGGCAGAGCGCCGGGCCCCGCUGCCUGCGCGGCGUCAACCCGGCGCGGAUGCCCUGGACCUACCGCGCCAGCGGCCUGGCGCGCAUGACGGCGCCUCUCUUCGCCGAGUGGCUGCAGGAGUUCAACGAGGAGAUGCAGCGGAAGGGGAAGAGCGUGGUGCUCUUCCUCGACAAGCACGAGGCGCACCCCUACCUCGAGCUCUCCAACGUCAGGAUGGUCUUCGUGCCGCCGGCCGCGGCGCUGGCGCAGCCCCUGGACCGCGGCGUCAUCCGGGACCUCAAGGGCCACUACCGGCGCAGGCUGCUGACGCGGCUGCCCUGGCGUGCCGGCGGCGGGGCGGGGCGCGCCGCGGGGCAGCCCACGCUCCUGGACGCGCUGCACAUGCUGGUGCAGGCCUGGGGCGACGUGCGCCCGGCCCUCAUAGCCAGCUGCUUCCGGGCCGCCGGCUUCGGCCCCGAGCCCGGCCCGGCCGCCCCCGCCCUCGGCGCGGUGCGGGCGCCCGGCUGCCUCAGCCAGGAGCAGUUCGAGCGCUUCGCGCUGCUGGACGAGGGCCUGGACUGCUUCGGGGAGCCGGCGGACGCCGAGAUGACCGAGGUGGCGGACUGGGACGGGGGCACGGCCAGCUCGGGCGAGGAGGCGGAGGAGCCGGCGGCGGCGCGGCCCUGCCCCUCGGAGCCACAGGUGCGGGAGAGCCUGGCCACGCUGCGGCGGUACCUGGAGUGCCGCGCCACCUCCCCGGCGCUCUUCCAGGCCUUCUACCAGCUGGAGGACGCGGUGCACGCGGCGGCGGCAGGCGCCCUGCCCGGGGACGCCUGGCCCAAGCAGUGAGCGGAGCCGCCGGCGCUGGGACAAGGACGAUGCCACCGGCGCGCGGGGCGCUUUGCUGCGCCGUGGGGCAGCGCCGGCCGUGAGCUUGGGACACGCGCCGCGGGGCUCCGAGCCGCACGUGGGGCGCCGGCGCGGCCCCUCUCCCCCGCCGUGAGCCGGGCAGGCCGCGGGCCGCACUCCGAGCCCGGGCGUUUGCAACAGGCGCGUUAAUUAAAAGCGACGAGGCGGCGA